AUGGCAGAUGCACAUGCUAUUUUUGCUCAGGAUCAAGGUACAACAUUCAAUCUUGAGCAUGCAUGGCGAAGGUUAAAAGAUGAAGCUAAAUGGCGCGUCGUCGAAGAAUCGAUUGGAAGUUCUGCAAAAAUAACAAAGACUUAUGCUAGCGGGGCAUCAUCGGAGAACCCAGAUACAACUCGAAGUUAUGAGUUUAACUCAUCAUCACCAAUGGAGAGUUAA